AUGAUGACUGACAUUCUCCUUCUCGCCGACGUAUUCGAACAGUUUCGAAAUAGCUGCCUCAAAACCUACGAUCUUGAUCCUGCCCACUAUUACACUCUACCGGGAUUCACUUGGGACGCCAUGAUGAAGUUUACUAAUCAGGAGUUGGAGCUCAUCACAGAUCCCGACAUGUUCCUGUUCGUUGAGCAAAGAGUUAGAGGUGGUCUCAGCCAAGAACGCGUUGACGAGCAUGCUGAUGCAGAUUCAGAUGAUGGACGUGAUGAGGGCUAUGGAGAAUCAACGGAAGAAGGGGUACAGAGGAUAAACUUUCUGUCCACAUAUUCCAAUUUGGCUGAUCUGCGUAGCAAGUGGGAGGAUAUGGAGUUUUGUACCACCAUAUCCAAAGUGACGCUGGUGACAUCGGAGGGCUUGAAACACUUAUGCGUUCCAUGUUUCUCGUUAUACAUGAGGCGUCCCGGCGUCGCAGGGGAAUACCAGCAUACUUCAUCACAUUCAAUGACGAGGUUCGACGAGAUUCCCUGGUACUUUGAGUGUGCUGCAUGUUCAAUGGACUCACACCAAAUCCAUCUAGCCGAUGUAUGUCCUACUUGUUGCAGUGUACCGGAAAAAGUACAUGUAUUCGAACCAUUAGUUUAAGUUGUAAUAUAUAAUAUAAGUGUUUUUUAAUUAGUUUGAGUUGUUAUGUAUAGUAUCUAUAAGUUGUAAUAUAUAGUAUCUAUAAGUUGUAAUAAAGUAUAUUCUAUA